AGGGGCGGGGGGGGCAUGAAGCCACUGGAGAAAUUUUUGAAAAAGCAGACGUCGCAGCUGGCGGGGCGAACGGUGGCGGGAGGUCCCGGCGGAGGUCCGGGGGGCUGCGGCGCGCCUGGAGGGGGUGGGGGCCCCGGCGGGGGCGGAGGUCCGGCCGGGGGACUGCGGCCGCUGCAGCGGCGACAGAGCGUGUCUCGCCUGCUGCUCCCCGCUUUCCUCCGGGAGCCCCCCGCCGAGCCAGGCCUGGAGCCGCCCCCCGAGGAGGAAGGGGGAGAGCCGGUGGGGGUCUCAGAAGACCCGAGCAGCGGGGGGCCCUGUUGGCUGCAGCUGGAGGAGGUGCCCGGGCCCGGGCCGCUCGGGUGCGGGGGACCUCUGCGCUCCCCUUCCUCGUACUCUUCGGAUGAGCUCUCUCCCGGCGAGCCCCUGACUUCACCGCCCUGGGCCCCCCUGGGCGCCCCGGAGCGGCCGGAGCAUCUUCUGAACCGGGUUCUGGAGCGCCUGGCUGGAGGGACUACCAGGGACAGCAGCGCCUCAGAUAUUCUACUUGAUGACAUUGUCCUCACCCACUCCCUCUUCCUGCCGACAGAGAAAUUUCUACAAGAGCUACAUCAGUACUUUGUUCAGUCAAGAAACCUGGAGGGUCCAGAGGGCCUGGGCCGGAAGCAAGCCUGUCUAGCUAUGCUCCUCCACUUCUUGGAUACCUACCAAGGUCUACUACAAGAGGAAGAAGGGGCUGGCCACAUUAUCAAGGAAUUAUAUCUACUAAUUAUGAAGGAUGAGUCCCUUUACCAAGACCUCCGAGAGGACACGCUAAGGCUGCACCAGCUGGUGGAGACAGUGGAGCUAAAGAUUCCAGAGGAGAGCCAGCCUCCUAGCAAGCAGGUAAAGCCACUCUUCCGCCACUUCCGCCGAAUAGACUCCUGUCUGCAGACCCGAGUGGCAUUCCGGGGCUCAGAUGAAAUCUUCUGCCGAGUCUACAUGCCUGACCACUCUUACGUGACCAUACGCAGCCGCCUCUCUGCAUCAGUGCAGGACAUUCUGGGCUCUGUGACAGAGAAGCUGCAGUAUUCCGAGGAGCCUGCAGAGCGUGAGGAUUCCCUCAUCCUGGUAGCUGUAGCCUCCUCUGGAGAGAAGGUCCUCCUCCAGCCAACAGAGGACUGUGUUUUCACCACUCUGGGCAUCAACAGCCACCUGUUUGCCUGUACCCAGGACAGCUAUGAGUCCUUGGUACCCCUCCCUGAUGAGAUCCAGGUCUCCCCUGGAGACACAGAGAUCCACCGAGUGGAGCCCGAGGAUGUUGCUAACCAUCUUACUGCCUUCCACUGGGAGCUGUUCCGAUGUGUGCAUGAGCUGGAGUUCGUAGACUAUGUGUUCCAUGGAGAGCGUGGUCGCCGCGAGACAGCCAACCUGGAGCUGCUGCUGCAGCGUUGCAGCGAGGUCACUCACUGGGUGGCCACUGAGGUGCUGCUCUGUGAGGCAACGGGCAAGCGUGCACAGCUGCUCAAGAAGUUUAUCAAGAUCGCAGCCAUCUGCAAGCAGAACCAGGACCUUCUGUCCUUCUAUGCUGUUGUCAUGGGGCUGGACAAUGCGGCUGUCAGUCGCCUUCGGCUCACCUGGGAGAAGCUGCCAGGGAAAUUCAAGAACUUAUUCCGCAAAUUCGAGAACUUGACAGACCCCUGCAGGAACCACAAAAGCUACCGAGAAGUGAUCUCCAAAAUGAAGCCCCCUGUGAUUCCCUUCGUGCCACUGAUCCUCAAAGACUUGACCUUCCUCCAUGAGGGAAGUAAGACCCUUGUCGAUGGUUUGGUGAACAUUGAGAAGCUGCAUUCAGUGGCUGAGAAAGUAAGGACAAUCCGCAAAUACCGGAGCCGGCCCCUCUGCCUGGACAUGGAGGCCUCCCCGCAUCACCUGCAGACCAAGGCCUACGUGCGCCAGUUCCAGGUCAUUGACAACCAGAACCUUCUCUUCGAGCUCUCCUACAAGCUGGAGGCCAACAGUCAGUGAGAGCAGAGUGGCCCCUGCUGCCCUCAUCCGGGUCCUUGGCACCUGGCACUCAAGCACUUUGCACCAUGUCCCCAACCAACCCAAACUGGAUAUCUUUUCCGAGUGACUUCCCACCCCACAAGGAGGAACUGGGUUGACUCACCAGGACUCAUAAGCCUGUUCAUCCUGCUGAAGUCCUCUGGCUUCGCUCCUUCAAACCCAAACCACUUGGCCUCUGGUUCCUGGCCUCUCUGGUAAAGAGGCAGAGAGUUUCUGUGCCCUCCCGGUGAGGUUUGUUCCAGAGAUGGAGUUUCCAAUCUCUUCUUCCCAAGUAGAAAGGAAGCAUCCCCCUCCCAGAUCCCAGCCACAGCAUGGGAGGGACUGGAGGCCACCUUCCCCACACCACCUGUUUUGCUUCUCCUGAUCAGGGAUGAGAUCCCUGAAUAUAUACCCCCUAGACUAUUUCCAUGCGUGUGUGUGUGUGUGUGUGCGUGUGUGCGUGUGUGUGCAUGCAUGUCCUUUUAGGGAACAAGAGUACAUCUGAUAAUGGAAGGAGAAUGUCACAAGUGUUUCGGGGAUCCUUCUGUUUGGUGCUACCCUUGUCUGCUGUGUCCCCACCACUCCCUGCUCAGCUCCUCCUGCUGCCCUACAUGCCAAGACUGGAGGCUAACCUGCUCCUGCGAGCAGGGAAUAGGAACAGGCAGGAAGGUUACCCAUACAUCUCUAUGAAUUCCCCACCCAAGCUUACCCAAGAUCCCUGGGUGGGCUCCAGUGAGAGGCUAAAAGAUGCUCAGGGAAACACAGUCCUAAACUGCCUAUAGGACCCUCCCUCUGCCUUACAGUGGGUAGGAUGCAGUGGUACCAGUAGUGAGGGGGUCUCUGCUCCCCAUACUCCUGAUUUUAGGGGUGUCUCACUCUAAGGAAGGAGCUGUCAUCCUUCUUGCUGUGUCUGAUGCCAAUCACAGAGUCUCUUCUCUGUCUUCUCUCCCCUUUGUCCUCCCAUAGAACUGGGGCAGGGUGGAUCUCAGUACCUAGGGCAGAUAGCUCCUCCCAAAAGUUGGGGAGACAGAGACAUAAGCAACUGUAAAGGUGAAACUGGAUUCUGGCAUGGCCUUUGUUACCUGUCACCCUUCCCUCUCCCAUCACAUGCUCCAGGGCUGAGGGGUGCAGGAGCUCCUGGCAGCUACAGGGUGAGGUUUCUUGGCUCAGCCUCACCCUCCUUCCUGGCACCCACUUCUUUCUCUUCUGAAGAGGCAGCAGUGGCCGUGGCAGCAGCAAAAUUAGCUACUGCUCCUGCUCUGGUAGUGUAUAUAUUUUUUACCCAAAGCUCUGGAAUUGUACAUUUAUUUUUUAAAAUUCAGAGGGAAAGAAUCCUGUAUCAUAUGUAAACAUUGUAUCAUAGGUUAAGUUGUACAGUCCCUUUUAUACAGUAGUCUAUCUGGUUCCUAUCCCCCCCCUCAAAAAAAGUUCAAGGAUGUGCCAUGCCACUCCCCCCGCCCCCGCUACGGCCCCAGCCCUUAACAGAGACCAUACCCCCCUCCUGUAGCCUGCUUCCCCUGCUACUGCUCACUGCUCCCCCUGCAGCCCAGCCUCCCUGGCCUCCUCCAGUAUCCCCUCAGCUGCCUUCUCAGCUCCCGAGUCCCCCAUGUACACUGCUCCCCCACUCCCUCCACCCCUUGAAUGCUGCUUGCCUCUGGCUGUGCUGCUCGCCCCACUGCUUCCCAGGAGUCCCCAGUGCCCACUCUGCCACCCCACAGCUUUAACAGCGUGAACCGUGUUUAUGUACAGGCUCAGUUGUCAUUAUAGAAACCUCUGGAUAGAGAAAAUACACUAAAGUCUAUGAAUCAGCCUCCUACUUUUCUCCAUUCUGUUUCCUUGAAGCUGGGGAAGGGCUGUGGUAAGGGGCAGGAGAUGCCCUCCCAGUGCUCAAGGCCGCUCAGCAGGGCAGUCUGGAGUGACCUGGAAAAUGUGGGUGAGAGGAAAAGGUGCCAACCUCUCAAGACCCGUGUCUGGUGACUGGAACUCAGAAGAGAUGUUGUGUUCUCACAUGUUCCAGGAAGCAUUGAUAGGUGAUCACACUUCUAACCCUGUAAGGUAUGAGGUGGAGGCUGGGCAGUCCCAGAAUAAAGUUUAAGUUAUAGGUGUGAUGGGGCAGAUCUGGUACCCUCUCUUAGGCCUAUGUGCUGCACUAGCUAUGCAUGCAGCCAGCAGUUACCAGUCUUUCAAAAAAUUUAGGCUUUAGGGGGACAAUGAGAUGGUUCAGUGUGUACAUGUCUCACAAUUCUGACAAGCCUAAGUUCGAUCUCUGGAACCCAUGUAAAAGUGAGAAGAACUGACAUUAAAAAGUUUUCCUCGGAUAUA